CGAUGUCCAGGCUUGGGAGUGGGGACCUACAUGCCUCUAACCCCCAAGCAUGAGCAGAGAGUCGAAAGGCAAACUGCCAGGAAAAAAAAUCAAUCCUCUGCCCAAGGUCCAGCAGAAGCAGCCUCAUUUACCUAUAGGAGGCGGGCUUCCUCCUGCGGGGAAUCCCUGGGCUGGGAGGAACAGCAGCCCUUCCUCCUGGCAGCCUCGGAGACUUCAGCAGGUGCUGGCACAAGCCCUGGCUGGGACGCGGGGUGGGAGCAGGCCCAGCAUGGGGGCUCAGGGGCAGGAAGCGGGACGCCAGGGCCCGGGAACACGGACACCUGCGUCCUUGGGCCCAGGGAGGAAUCCUACAGUGGCAGGGUGCAUGGGCUGUCUCUUUCUCUCUUUGUCCAGAGCCUUAUGUAAGAGCUUUUCUUGGGAAACAGGAAGUCCUGCCUGCCAAGUUCAGCACACAGGGAGUAGUGCAGGCCUUAUUCCAACACACCCGGCCUGGCCUUAACCCCAGAACUCAGCCAGUUUCUUGCUUCCGCGACCCUGGUUCUCCUCCCUGCUGACGCCCUCCCCUUCUUUCCCACCUUUGGUCUCUCUCAGCAAACUGCCCCCGAGAUCUGGCCUGUGCCCGGGCCAGAGGGUCUUCCACUCUCACCCCUUGACCCUCAAUGCUGCCCAGCUCGUCCCUCCAUCCCGGCUCCUGGCACCAUGCCCCAUAGCCAGCCAACCUUCCCUCCCCCACUUCUGGGGCCGCCCUGGGGUUCCUGCGCUCUGGCCGCUCCUCCUGGGUGUCACUGGCAGCCCUGUCCUUCUUAGAGAGACUGACACCAAAUUCUCCUGAGGCUGGAGGAGGGUGAGGGGUCUCAGGACAACACUGGCCCCGCAGCGGGGUGCCAGGAGCACCAACAGUGCCCCGAGCUUGCUUUCUGCCUCCCUCCUUUUUAUUCUCAAGUUCCUUUUUAUUUCUCCCUUGCGUAACGCCCUUCUUCCCUUCUGCACCACUGCCUGCACCCCGACCCUCCCCGUCACCUCCUUGCUACCCCACUCCUGAGGCUACAGCUGUUGGCAGGGUCCCCAGCUCAUGCCGACCUCAUCUCCUUCUUUACUAGCCCCCAAAGGGCCCCCGGGAGACAUGGGGGGCCCAGUCCGAGAGCCGGCCCUCUCAGUUGCCCUCUGGUUGAGUUGGGGGGCGGCUCUGGGGGCUGUGGCUUGUGCCAUGGUUCUGCUGACCCAACAAACAGAGCUGCAGACCUUAAGGAGAGAGGUGAGCCGGCUGCAGAGGACCGGAGGGCCCUCCGAGAAGGGGGAAGGGUAUCUGUGGCUGAGCCCCCGGGAGCAGAUCCUGGAGGACAGCCAGCACCAAGACUCAGGUUGCUGGGGAAAGAGCUCUGAUGGCGUGGAAGCCGGGGAGAAUGGGGAGAGAUCCCGGAGGAGGAGAGCAGUGCUCACCAAAAAACAGAAGAAGAAGCGCUCAGUCCUUCAUCUUGUUCCCGUUAACAUCACCUCCAAGGAGGACUCUGAUGUGACUGAGGUGAUGUGGCAACCAGCUCUCUGGCGAGGGAGAGGCCUGGAGGCCCAAGGAUAUGUCAUUCGAGUCUGGGAUGCUGGAAUUUAUCUGCUGUACAGCCAGGUCUUGUUUCAUGAUGUGACUUUCACCAUGGGUCAGGUGGUAUCCCGGGAGGGCCAGGGAAGGCAGGAGACUCUAUUCCGAUGUAUACGAAGCAUGCCCUCCAACCCCGACUGGGCCUACAAUAGCUGUUACAGCGCAGGUGUCUUCCAUUUACACCAGGGGGAUACCCUGAGUGUCACAAUCCCCCGGGCAAGGGCGAAACUUAGCCUCUCUCCACAUGGAACCUUCCUGGGGCUUGUGAAACUGUGAUUGUGUUGUAAAAGGUGGUUCUGAGCUUGGAAGACCAGGGUGGGUUCAUUUUGGAGACAGCCAAGAGCUGACUAGACAAAGGACAGGGAACAGUCAGGAACAGAGGCCUCUUCUGGGUUUGACUGGAAUCCCAGGUUUGACAGCUCAUGACUCUCCCUUCCUCCUUUGUCCCCCCCCGCCCACCCCCAGGACUUUGAAUUCAUGGAUAUUAAAGAGGUAGUAGAAUAUCUUGCUCUUAGUCUCCAUCCAGCCCCCAAAUUCUUGAGGGAGUUGGGUGGGGGUGGGAAAUGCCCGGCAUUGUCUAGACUUGCUCAGGGUCCCACUGGAAUGCUUCCAGAACAGCACCACCAUCUAGCGGCAAUCUGAGACAAUGAUCCUGCCUAUUGGCAGAUGGCCCUGAAUCCUUCUGCCACUCAGGAAAACUGGUUCUUUACACCACACCUCUCUCUAGGUAUCCUCUGCCUCUCCACUCCACAAGAAGCCUCAUCUUCACUCUCCUUUCUCCAUCUAUUGGGGCCCAGUUUCCAUCAUUGUCUCCAGAGGUGUAAUUAUUAUGCGCCCGUCUGCAGAAGGUGCCCAACGACGACGGUGCCCUUGCAGCCACAUCAUUACUCUUCGGGUGCCAACUUUUGCCUUUCACGCUCUCCACUGCCCUGUCGCGGCAGGCCACUCUAAGCCUCUCUGGACUGGGAGGGGAGCCGGGGAGCCUCGGAUAAAUCGUACGCCCUAGUCCUGAUCCUGUCUCACUCCUCUGAUCUCUCCUUUCUGCGCAAGCCCUGCCUAAAGUUAAAAAAUAAAAGAGA